AUGGCUACAACCGCCGACAAAAAUGUGGUAAUUCCAAAUGAGACUUACUCUCGAUUAAUGGGGUUUGUCUCCGGGAUGUUCUCAGGAUUUGCCAAAAAUGCAGUGGGUCAUCCAUUUGAUACCAUCAAAGUGAGAUUGCAGACGUCUCAGGACACUGGUCGGUUCAAGGGUCCCUUGGACUGCGUCUACCAGACGAUGAAGCAGCAGGGUGUGCGUGGUUUUUAUCUGGGGUUCACUCCUCCGCUGGUUGGAUGGGUUUUGAUGGAUUCCGUCAUGCUGGGAUGUCUUCAUAACUAUAGAAUGCUGCUGCAAAAAUACGUUUACACUCAUGAAGAUAAACUACCACUCUCUGGAUGCAUAUUGAGUGGGGUCAUGGCAGGAUGGUCGGUCAGUUUUAUCGCUGCGCCAGUGGAAUUAGCCAAGGCCAAAUUGCAGGUGCAGUACGAUGCGUCAACUGCAAAAUACAAGGGACCCAUCGACGUUAUCCGCAAAGUGUACAGUUUUGACGGCAUACGAGGUCUGUACAAGGGCCUUGUCAGCACAUUAAUUUUCAGAACCCAUUUCGUGUACUGGUGGGGGUCCUAUGAGCUGCUCACUCGGUGGUUCAAGAAAAAUACCAAUAUGAGUGACACUGCUAUAAACUUUUGGGCCGGAGGGUUCAGUGCAUCUUUCGGAUUCUGGACCACAGCAUAUCCCAGUGACGUUAUCAAGCAGGUGAUUCUGUGCAACGAUAAAUACGACGGAAGCUUCAAAUCUUGGAAAAUAGCAGCAUCGGACAUUUGGCGCACCCGGGGUCUACCAGGUUUCUUCAAGGGCUUCGUCCCCAGUUUCCUGAGAAGUUUCCCUGCCAAUGCUGCCGCACUUGCCUGUUUUGAAUUCGUUCUGCGGACAAGUGGCGCGACAUAG